AUGAACUCUCAAGAGCCCUUCGAGUCAACUGAAGUAAGAAAAACUUUGGAUACCAACAGAGCGAACUCGCAAGUAGUGGAAAACAAAAGAAGUUCGAUAGAAAUCAUCACUGCCCCCCAUGAGUCACCUACACCUGAACAUCCGGCCGAUCAUGAAACAGGAGAAGACAAACAAUCAAAUCUGAAUCCUCGUAAACUUAAAUCCUACGCCUACGGCAUUCAAACUAUUGCAUUUUUUUACUGGACCAACAUCGGACUUAUUAUUAUGCCAUUCGCUUUUGCCCACAAGUAUUUAUUCCCGGAUAAUAAUGCGGCCAUCAUUGUUACCAACUUCAUUGCAUUGGUGGGCAUGUCAGGGCCGCUUUCAUUGACAUGGAACCAAAUUGCUUUGUACGUUGGAGGGUUUACCGAAACUAUGAUUUUCGAGGUCGAGAAGAAUUUGAUUGAACUUAUAUUCGCGGUAGCGCUAACCAAGUUUUCAUUGCUUCCGCCCGCUGAAGAGAUAAGGGCGAGCGGCAAGCUCUUGAUUCCCAAUCACGAUGGCCAAAGCAAUCGCGCAACAAAUUAUCCAUCAGGGUACACUCCGGCCGAGUUAAUUAUUAAUGCUCUCCUUCGCAGGAAUUCCUCCGCGAACAGAGGCGGAGAAGAGGUCUCCAACUCACGAUCUAAAAGGAGAAUCAAUAUUGUUGUCGCAUUUGUUGGUGCAGUCGUGUUCACUGUGUUAACGGCCCUUGCACUCCAAUACCUCUGGGAAUCACUGGACAAAGUAAUGCUUACCAGCGAUCCAGAAAAUCCCGAAGAACAGUAUUAUCGGAUCAGCCCAAAGUUUUUGGGAGUGAUUCGGAAAACAACUACCAGCAUAAUCCCACUAAUCCAAUGUAUGGCUCAAUUUACGUGGAUAGCUGAGGUGAUAAAGGAUGGCAUUCACAACCGCCUUGAUGAUGUGAUUGAUACUCAACUCAUGCGACUACCAUCGCAAGACAAUUGGUGCAAGUAUUCAGAUGUCAUUGUUGGUUACCCCGUUACUGGUAGUGACGGGCUGGGCCCUGGGAAUUCCGGUGGGUUGUUUCUCAUCAACCACUCUUUAGACUGCUUCGUAUUAUUCCUGUCUGUCCUGGUGAUCAACUACGUAAUUCAUGACGGAAAGUCAAACUGGUUCGAAGGUACAAUCUUGCUAAGUGCGUACCCAGCCGGACUCACUCCUGCAGGAGUUAACAAUUUGCCCGACACGGUUUUGUCAACAGCACUUUACAUCGUUUUCGCGAUUGCAUUUUGGUUUCACCCCGAAAAAUGGACGCCCAUCGAUCAGGAAGUGGAAAACAUAUGCAACCACAAAGGGGAUAUAAUGCACGCAACGAACUCGACUCAAUAA